AUGAUCGAUAUUAUGAGCACCAUACCAAAGAAUUUUUUAGUCGUAGUUUUACAGGUGUUAAGUGCACUUCGAUUUGUAGUUUCAUCGUGUCGUCAAACAAAGGCUAUUGUGAAAGUUGAUGAUGAUAUUGGAUGGAAUAUUAAACAGAUCAAAGAUUUCGUUAUGGGUCCCCUCGAUCAUGAUAAGAUAUAUGGGCUACGGGAUGCCACCAAUAAACCAGAGCGAUCUCAGAAAUAUCCGCAAUGGAGACUUACAGAAGAAGAAUGGAGUAGAAGUGAAUUACCGGUGUUUUGUCGAGGAAUGGCUUACGUGGUUCCACGUCAAGUGGCAGAAAAAAUCCUAUCAGUGGUUCCCUCCCAGAAAUUCCUCAAGGUAUUUUUUUAUUUAUUUCCGUAG